AUGAAUCAAAAAAAAGACUACACCAUUAAUGUUGAAUACCAAUACACCAAGUUAACUAAGAUUUUCCGCGAUGACACCGACUCUAAAAACGGAGAACAAGUUGUUUUCUUUUGGAACCCUGAAUAUUUGGAGUAUUGCUACACAAUAAAAGAUUAUUCUGAAUUUGUCGAUCAUGAAAAGUACGAGUCAGAUAUUGGUAGAAGAGUGGUCUUUAAGUUCGUUGAUGUCUAUAUUGGGGUAUAUGGUAUCCAUUUCUAUGCUGGCACCAAUAAAGAUACAUUUGAAAAAUCACAAGAAUUGCUAAAUAAUUGGAAUGAUUUCUCAACCUAUGAAAACACAGACGAUGAUGAUGAACAAGAGGAAGAUGAUGACGAUGAUGGAGAGAAUGAUAAUGGUGAUGGGGACGAUGAUGAUGAAAAUAAGAAAAAAUCAGCACCCAAAGCAACAACAACUAAAUCAAGAAGUGGAAGAAGAAAUAAUAAACAAAACAAAACUGGCUCUUGCUUAUUCAAAAAGUUAGUUGAUGUAUCAAAAAGUAGCAUUGACAUUAUUCUAGAUGAAUACCUUGUUCAUAAUCCGUUGACCCAUCCAAACUCCACUAUAUUCCUACGACCAUUGGAUAGGAUAGUAAUCAUAAUGUUUCAUAUGAGACAUUAUACAACUGAUUUACUUACAGGAUUUUUAUUUAGGAUCUCAAGAACAACAGUUAAUAGAGUUAAAAUGGCCAUGAUUGAAUAUUUAUCCAAUAGUUAUAAUUCUGAUCUAUCAAAUAGAGAGAUAGUUAAGUUUUAUUUCUGUAACGAUAAUAUUGUUGGUUCAGUGGAUUGUACAGAAGAAUUGAAAAGCCACUUGACUUAA